UAAACGCGGAAGCGACCUGGAACUGUCUGUCACAUGCAUAGAUCAGAUGAGGAACCACAACAUUUCCAGUCUAAAGAAAACAUGAUUCACAUCUACCUUGCCUGCCUUUUUACAUUUUUAAAUGCCCUGUUUGCUAACCAUAUCGGAACACCAAUAAAAACAAACGAAAGACCAAUAAUAGGUGUUCUUGCCCAGGAAGUGUAUGACCCACCGCCUCAUAGAAACUCAUAUAUCGCGGCGUCCUACGUUAAGUUUCUGGAAUCUGCUGGCGCUCGUGUUGUGCCUCUGAUGAUAAAUAAGUCUGAUGAUGAGUACAGAAGGCUCUUCAAAUCCAUAAAUGGAGUCCUUUUUCCUGGAGGUGGAGUCAGUUUAGAAUCAUCUGGCUAUUCAAAAGCAGCUAGCAUUUUCUACAGACUUGCCUUUGAGGCCAAUUCAAAUGGUGAUUAUUUCCCUGUAUGGGGAACCUGUUUAGGAUUUGAACUUCUCACAUUGCUAACAAGUGGAAAGUUGCUGUUGUCCCACACCAACACCAGUGGUAUUGCCUUGCCACUGAACUUCACAGAUGAUGUGAGAGACAGUAGGCUGUUCAAAGAUGUUCCUGAAGACCUUAUGAAAUCACUGGAAACAGAAGCCCUCACAGAGAACUCUCAUCAGUGGAGUCUUUCUACAGAGAACUUUACCAAGAGUGAGACCCUGAAAAAGUUCUACAGGGUUUUGAGUACCAACACAGAUGGACAUAAUGAGUUUGUUUCCACAAUGGAAGCAUAUGAUUUCCCUAUCUAUGCUACUCAAUGGCAUCCAGAGAAAAAUGCUUUUGAGUGGACUCACCCCUAUAUUCCCCACACACCUUCAGCCAUUAAAACCACAUUCUACAUGGCUUACUUUUUUGUGAAUGAAGCGAGGAAAAGUUUUCACAGCUUUCCUAGUACAGAGGAAGAGGAAAAAGCUUUGAUCUAUAACUACAAACCUGAAUACACUGGACCUCAAAGUGCAUUUGAACAGAUCUAUUUUUUUGAUUAGAAGAAUUAUUUUAAUGU